CGCCGCUGAAGCCGGUAGGAGAGAAAAUAAAAACGUAAAGCAGCCGUUGGUGAUGUGUCAGGGUGAUGAGUGAAACAGUACAGCUUGCUGUAGGAAAAUCCAUUAUUAUAUGGAAUAGCUCAUCAUAUUGGGAAGCUGUUUAUAUUGGCUGUUAUUGACAAGGGAAUAGAAGAAAUAACCAAGACUUAAGAAAAGACAAAUAAGGUUGUAAGGAAGAUUAGCAUAUAAAUAUGGAGCUCGACUUCACGAAAGAUGAUCUGCCCCUAAUGGCUAAUACCAGCCACAUGCUUGUAAGACAUUACGUGUUGGACCUCGAUGUGGACUUUAAGAGCCAUAUUAUUGGAGGCACCAUAGUCCUGUUCUUUGAAACUGGCAGGAUAUACAGAAAAGAAGGCAAUGAACAGGUGGAAGGAGCCUGUCAUUCUCAGUUGGAUGAAACCUGUCAUAACCGGGUACAUCAAGCCUGCUGUGUUCCUGUGCCAAAUGCAAGUGCCUGCUCAACUAAAAGUGGAUGUAAUGAUUUUGCUGUCUGUGGUAAAGGUGAAAAUGAUCCUUCUGAUAAAAACGGUAGCCAUGGCAACAGAGAACAGGCUUCUGGGAUUUCUAGUUCAAAGAACUGCUGUGACAUUGAGAUUCAUGGGAGUGAAGAUUUUUUGCUGGUUCUGGACUGCUGUGAUUUAUCUGUGUUAAAGGUUGAGGAGGUAGAUGUUGCUGUUGUUCCAGGCAUUGAGAAAUUUAUAAGCUCUGCAAAGUUAAUGGAUGCUUCUGAGGAUUCAGGAGAUCUUAGGAAUCAAAUUGUGCAUGAACUUGUGACAUUACCUGCAGAUCUCUGGAGGGAACAGUUCCACUAUUACAAAUGUUGCAGCCAAGCACCUGCUUGUGGAGAGCUUCUGUUUGUUACUGGCCCAUGGAGCCUGGAGAUCAGGAAAGCAGGUGUUCAGCUGCCGAAGGACUUCCCUCAAGCCAUAAGGAUUUGGUACAAAACAAAGCCAGAAGGAAGAUCUUUUAGCUGGACAACAGACCAAAGUGACAGGCCAUGUGUUUAUACAGUUGGAUCUCCAAUAAACAACAGGGCCCUUUUUCCAUGCCAGGAACCGCCUGUUGCCAUGUCAACAUGGCAAGCUACAGUCCGAGCAGAUGCAUGCUUUGUUGUUCUAAUGAGUGGUGAAAAUGCUGCGGAACCAACAGAAUCCAAGAAAGGUGUAUUCAGUUGGUUUUAUUAUGUGACCAUGCCAAUGCCAGCAUCCACCUUUGCUAUCGCUAUUGGAUGCUGGGCAGAAGUUAGAAGAGAAGCUUGUGGGACUGAUGCUCAAAGAAAUGAUGAUGACUUUCCACUGUUCUCAAAGGCAGAUGUCAGGAUAUUUGAACAGGCUUGUGGUCAUUUGCCAUAUCCUUGCCGUUUUCAAGAUUCUGUGGCUGCUGCUCAAGUGGUCAUUCCUCAUCGGCUCUUUGCUCCAUGGCACCUUAAGAAAUCUUGUGAAGAAGUUCUACUACAGCUGAUUCCUCAGUGCCUCUCAGCAGCUUACUCUCUGCUUGGUACCCAUCCCUUUUCCAGACUUGAUAUCUUGAUCGUCCCACCCAACUUUUCCAGUCUUGGAAUGGCAAGCCCACACAUCAUCUUCCUGUCACAGAGCACGUUAACUGGAGGGAACCACCUCUGUGGAACACGCUUGUGCCAUGAAAUUGCUCAUGCCUGGUUUGGCUUGGCCAUCGGAGCGUAUGACUGGACUGAAGAAUGGCUAAGUGAGGGAUUUGCCACUCACUUGGAAGAUGCCAUUUGGUCAGCAGCCCAGCAGCUGCCAGUUGAUGAAGCAAAAGAGCAACGGAAUCUAAAAGCUUUGCUCCGUUGGCAGCGGCUUAGGGAUGAGAUACAGAACUCUGAAGAAGAUCUGCAAAUUUUAAGGCCCAACAAAGAGAACACUGGCAAAGUGAGUGAGUCUGGAGCAUCUGUAAUCAAACAUGGCCUUAAUGCUGGAAAAACCUUCUUGCAGGUUCACUACUUGAAGGGCUAUUUUCUUCUGUGGUAUUUUGCAGGAAAAGCUGGAGAAGCAACAUAUUUUGCCUUUUUAAGAAAGUUUGUGUGGGACUUUCAUGGACAACUGAUACUUUCGCAGGACUUUCUUCAUUUGUUACUGAAGAACAUCCCAGAGUUAACAGGGUAUGGCCUAUCGGUUGAAAACAUCUUCCAGAAGUGGCUUGACUGCUCAGGAAUCCCAAAGCCUUUGCUAGAAGAAAGUCGGGCUUGGCAGGAGUGUCGGCUAGCCCAGCAAGUGAAUGAGGAGGUCGCAAAAUGGAUUCAAGUAAAUCAGAGAACCAGAAAACGAAGCAAAAGGAAAAGGCGAUGUGAGGAAGACACUUUCCAAAAGCUUCUCCCAGACCAGCUGGUCUUAGUUCUGGAGUGUCUCUUGGAGAAGAAGACAUUAUGUUCAAAAAUGUUGGAAUGUUUACAGAAAAUUUACCACCUCCAUGAGCAGGAUGCCGAGGUUCGACAUCGAUGGUGUGAACUUGUUAUUAAACACAAAUAUAUAGCGGGGUAUAAUGAUGUUGAGAAAUUCCUCAAGGAAGACCAGGCAAUGGGUGUCUACUUAUAUGGAGAAUUAAUGGUGAAUGAGGAUGCAAAGCAGCAAGAACUUGCAUAUAGAAGUUUUGCCACAGUCCGGGACCAAAUGGAUGUGUCCUCUGCUAAAAUAGUGAAUGAAAUGUUAUUUUGACAAGCCCACCUUCGUCACUGAGACUCAAGGUGGAAUACAGCAUAUAAAGCAAACAGCAAAGAACUCCAAUUAACAGUGCAGCUGGACUAGGAUUACAGAACUGAACAAUGCAACUAAAAUGGGAAAAAACUGUUUAAGGCAUGGCACUCCAUAAUACUGAGAAUGAGUAACAAAGAUAAAAGAUAAUGCAGUGAAAGGAAGGUGAUGCAUACACAACACAUUACAACAGACUACAAAUUUAUCCCUUAUAAACCACCUCCCAUGCUGUUCUAUUAUACUAUAUUUCUAACCCCCUCAACAAAAAAGUGUAUUCUUAAACAUUUCUGUUUUGCACAUUCUGUAGAACGAUAGAAGCACUGUGGGGGGUACUUCCUGACCUCAGGUAGGUUGUUCCACAAGAUGGGAGCCACCUCAGAGAAUGCCUGUGAAGGAGCAGUUGCUGAGCUUCCCCAUCUGCACAGCGGCAUGACUUCAGAAAAUUUUACUCAAAUGAGUGUUGUCGCAGAGGAGCGAAGCAGGAGAAGAUUUGAUUCCUAUUUUUAAACCUCUCUGUGAGAAAUCUAGGUUCUGGUAUUUUAUCCUUAAGAUACUAUACAUUGAAAUAUAACAAAUGUGCUAAAAGUAGGCUCUUUGUUAAAUUUUCCUGACGUUCAACUGCUGGUUUGGUUUCAAAUUACUAAGUGCAACAAGAGCUAGCCUGAUCAGAAACUUCACCCACUUACACAUGCAAGUAACUUAUAAGCACAACUUUGCUUUCUACCUUUUGUAUUUCAGAUAUACACAGGCUAGAGCAAGGCAAGUGCACUGUCAUUGCUUUCCUGAUAAAACACGAAAUCAGAGGGCAGAAUUUUGGGGGCGGGGGGAAGCAGCAGAGAACAAGAAAUUGUCUACGGUUAACUUACAGUGCUUAAGUGAUAUUAAAAAUGGAUUCACCAUGUAAGUGGUACCAAAGAGCAGAUUUGCUUGGCUGCUUCUGGAUGUGUCUAGCAUUUCAUUUCCAACAGGAGACAGCCUGCUCACUGGGAGCUCCCAAGGAGGGCAUGAACGUGAAGGGCAGCCUCAUUUUGUCUCUGGCACCUUGCAGGAUUCUUUGUACACCAUCAUGACAAUUACAGAGAACCUUUAGGAGCUGUCACUGGAUCGACUCUGCAAUUUUCUUUUCCUAUUUUUAAAGCCCUCUAAGCCAAGCUCUUAAGUGGGAAGGGCGAGGUCCAGAUUAUGUUCUGAUUCUGAAUAUUAUUUGCCUUAGCAGUAGAAAGGCUGUUCUACAGUCCAAGGGCUGAAGUUUAUUGUAAACUCAAGGUGGAGAAGAGUCAGAGGAAAUUUCCCUUUGAACAAGUAAGAGAGAACCGCUUUGUUUCCAAUUCUUUAAUCUUUUGAUAAAACAAGUUAUAACAGAAAAAAGCUUGCACAACGGAUAUUUUAUCUGAUGUAAUACCAUUCUAUUUUUUGUUUUUAAUAAUAAAGCUUUAUUUUCAGUA